UUUUUGUCCCGCAGAACCGGCCCCUCCCCGCCUGUUGCUCGCCGUCAACGCUACGCACUCGUCCAUCACGCUGCUGUGGAGCGAGGACGGCGUGGUGGACUACUACCAGGUUCUGUGCCGACCCAACUGGGCCAGCAAGGAGCUGAAGGCCGGAGAGCCCAUCACCUCCACCGCUCAGGUUCUGACCGUUUCGGGUCUGGUUCCGUCGUCCAGCUACAACUGCAGCGUGACGAGCUUCAGCUACAGCUCAGCCAGCCGGCCGGCCCGCAUCACCGUCACCACUGCAGCCAAAGAGAUGAACCCGAGCAUGGCGGCCAUCUCGGCGCUGGCCGUGCUGAGCCUCCUGCUCAUCAGCCUUCUCGUCCUCUUCCUGCUCGUCCUCCGCAAGAAACACUUGGAGAUGACCAGGAACUGCAGCGCCGAGACCUUCGUUAACUUCGCCUCGUUUGAGCGAGACGGGAAGCUUCCCUACAACUGGCGAAGAAGCCUCUUUGCCUUUCUUACCCUCCUGCCAUCCUGCCUUUGGACUGACUAUCUUUUGGCUUUUUAUAUUAAUCCGUGGAGCAAAACGGCUUUAAAGAAACGAAAGCUAACCAGCCUGGUGCAGCUGGACGACUUCGAGGCCUACUUCAAGGACAUGAGCAAAGACUCCGCCUACAAGUUCUCCCUGCAGUUCGAGGAGCUGAAGAGCGUCGGCCUGGAUCUGACCCAUGAUGCCGCCGACCUGCCGGUCAACAGGCCCAAGAACCGAUACACCAACAUCCUACCCUAUGACUUCAGUCGGGUCAAGCUGGUCUCCAUGCACAACGACGAAGGUGCCGACUACAUCAACGCCAACUACAUCCCUGGAUACCGACAUUCCAAGGAGUACAUCGCCACCCAGGGGCCACUGCCGGAGACGCGCAACGAUUUCUGGAAGAUGGUUCUGCAGCAGAAGUCGUCUAUCAUCGUCAUGCUGACUCAAUGCAACGAGCGCCGCAGGGUGAAGUGCGACCACUACUGGCCGUUCACAGACGAGCCGGUAAUGUACGGUGACAUCAGUGUGGAGAUGCUUUCUGAGGAAGGCUCUCCAGAGUGGAUCAUCAGGAAGUUUCGACUUGGAUAUGCGGACGAGACCCUGGACGUCCUCCACCUGAACUACACCUCGUGGCCGGAUCACGGCGUUCCCACGGUCAACGCCAUCGAAAGCAUCCUGCAGUUCGUCCACAUCGUCCGGCAGCAGGCCAACAGGACCAAGGACCCCAUCAUCGUCCACUGCAGCGCCGGCGUGGGCAGAACCGGGACCUUCAUGGCCCUGGACCGCCUGAUGCAGCACAUCCGGGAACACGAGUUCGUGGACAUCCUGGGUAUGGUGUCGGACAUGAGGUCCCACCGGCUGUCCAUGGUCCAGACCGAGGAGCAGUACGUCUUCAUCCAUCAGUGCGUCCUCCUGAUGUGGCAGAAGAAGAAGCAGCAGUCCAUCACAUCUGAUGUCAUCUACGAGAACUCCAGCAAGACAUAAUGAGAUGCGGCAACAGCGAUGGCGGCGCUUCAGGCAUCCAUUCUCUGUAGAAGAUGACCCACUUCAUCAUCAGAACCAACAUGACAGAGUGACCUCUGACCCCGGCUUUUCUUUGACUCGGUGUCCCAUCGUUUGAUGGAGUUCUGCCUUAAGGAUCUUUCACUGACUGACCAGAACCAGAACCAUUCAUGCUGUUUCCAGUGACCCACCAUGAUGCAGGACCUCUGACCUCUGUUGGUCUGAGUCAGCAGUUUUCCAUUUGAUGUCGUUUUUUUUUUUAUCUCAGGAUUUGCUGGAAGCCUGCGCACCGACUUCCUUUGCUUUGUCACAUUUAGUUUCUGCUUCAGUCGGCGCUGGCGGUUAGCAGGACACUGAUUGGACACUGCCAUUAGAACUGAUCCCAGAGCUGCAGAACCCCCAAACACAGGAAUAGAACGGCCAGGUUGUUUAAGGCUGGGAGGACUGGGAAUGCCGCAGUUUAACUUUGCACUGAGGCGAAGGGAAGAACGAACCUGUGGAGCGAUGGCUGCGUUUCCAUCGCUUUGCUUCAAACUGAAGAAGAGCUUCAGCACCGGCAGCGAUGCUUCAUCAGAACCGGAGCACAUGGGCUUCAGGAAGAGGGAAUUCUGGGAAUUUCCAGGCAGCAGAUCUGGUUUGGAGACAAAGGCUCAAACAUCUGAUCAGAACCGCAGCCGGAAAUCAGCUGCUGGCUGAACCUCCUCCUUCUUUCCGUCUGACCUUUGACCCUGCAGCUCCCCUGGACAGAAACGAUCCGCCAGAAUAAAUCCAGUCAGCUUCAGGCAGAUUAAGGGAUUAAACUCAAUGCUCCAAAAAUCCAUUUAACACUUAGUAGCUCAUCAUUGGUGCGUCUGGAUUAAAUAAUCCCAGAUGUUUGUUUUCUCUAAAUCUAAAAUUCAAGUUUAAAGUCAAAAUGUUUAACAAGAAGAAAAGACCAAAACAUCUUCACCGCCUUAAACCAGGAAGCUUAAGGCGAUGAAGAUGAAACCAGUCAGUUUGAUGAAAACGUCUCUGGGAUCAAAGCUAAUCAUGCUGUUCUCGUCUUUAACACUAGGUGGCAGUAAAUGUUACUCAUUAUAUCUGUAAAUCUGGAAUGAUCAAAUAUCUGUUUAUUUUAAUUCACAGAACAUACUGGAGAAACAUAUUUUUAAACUCUGAAUAUAGAAAAACUAAAUUAUUUUUGGAGUUGUUAUAAAGACCUGGUGAGUAAAAUUCAGGAAUGUGUGGCGCCCCCCAGUGGCCGUUCUGUGAAGUGUCUGCUGUUUUUUCCAUAUCAAGUUUUGGUUUUUCAUCUUUGUUCUAAUUUUAUGACUUCAAGGUUGGAAUCACUCUGGAUCUCCGCUCCAUGACUUAAGAGAAUGUCUCCUGAACAGAGGCGAGCUCGCCGAACCCAAACUAUUACUCUGCAUUCAGGAAGUGCACGGUGUCGUCAAAAUAAAAGCUCAGCUUCUCUCAUCAUUGCAGUUUUCAGCUUCAGAAACUAAGAGUUUUGGUUUUCAUGGCCUUAUUUUAAAAUCUUUUACUUCUGGUGAAACUAUACUGACAAAAUCUGUUUUAUCAAAAGUAACAUUUUUCAUUUUUCUGAUUUUAUUAAAAAAUCGAUCUUGGUAAAAAUAGAACUGUAUCCCAUUAUUAAUGAAAAUGUUUCAUUUAAAGAAUCAAGAGUUUUUCAUUUUUAUAUUUUCAUGCUGAUAACUUGCUGGAGUUCCACAUAUUUAUAAUGCACCAGUAUUGAUGCUGUAAUGUCAGCUUUGUGUUUGUAUUUAGAUUUUGACAGCUGUUUGGUUACAAGUUCAGACUGAACUUUAUUACAUGUGGAGCAGGAAUAAAACAGAGAGUGGAGCAUUUUGAGGACACCGUGUGUUUUUGUACACAGAUUUUAGUGAAUGUGGGAGUAAAGAAAAGCACAGUUUCUGUUGAGCAGCUUGGUGUUGUGGCCUUGUGGUUCCUCAGUCGCCUCAGUCUGCUUAUGGCUCCAUUUCACUGUUAGAUAUCAGAUGAACUGUACAUAAAACUGCUGAUUAACUGCUCGUUAUUGCUCAGAACUUCUUGUGAAACUGUUGCUUUAGGCUUUUUUUCUAAGGUUGUAAAUGUAAAUCUUCACUCUCAGAGGACUGUGGGAACUCUGAACAUUUCACGGUUCUUUCUCUUGCUUAGUGUGUCCAGUCCAAACUUGUAUGUCGUUGGUGCCAUUUUUCCUGUGCAUUGUGUCACUUACAGUUUGACUUGAAACUGUCACAGAAUUUUAAUGUGUGUUCAAUUAAAAUGUUGCAGAUAUCA